GCAGUCUGCUUUCUUUUCCAGUUUCUUACUUGCUACUCCGAUACUGGCGGGAGUAUUGCUGACAUUGAAGGACUCCUGUUCAAUGGAGUCAUUGACAACCUGCUUAGUCUUCCCCAGGAAGUCAGCAAAGUGGCGGAAAUUCAGAAAGAACAGGGCAAUGAAAUUCAGAAACAGAAGCUUUAUUUGGAUAGUCUUCAGAUUCAGUUAAAAGCUGGAAAAGAAAGUUGUGAUGAAGUGAUGGCCGAGGUUUCCAGUGUGACUCGGAAAGUUUUCAUCCUUGAGGAGCAGACAGCAGAGGAGAAGAAGCAGAUUGUUCAACACGAGAAAGAAAUUGUCAGCUUGAUCCAUCAACAGAACCAGCUAAGACGGGAUAUUGAACAUAAGAAAGAAGAGCUAGAAGAACAAACAAAGAAGAGUGAAGCCUACAGAGUGAAAAUGAACAAUUACAAGCAGCGGACUUCCGAGUUUGAAAACUCGCUGCCAGCACAGCAGCAGUUGAUUGAAGUGGAAACACGCCUGGCUAAACUGGAAAAGCAAAAGCAAGCACUGUGUUUUGAUUCUGAAAGUGAAAAUGUUUGUGCUGAUACAAUGACUAAAAAUUUAUCCGAAUGUAUCAAGUUAUCAAGAGCAGACAUAAAGCAACUGGAAACCCAGUUACAUGAAAUCAAAGAUAAGGUACUAAUUCACCAAGUACUGGAACAACAGAAGAAAGUUAAAAUUGCUACAAGUGUUCUUAAUAAGAGGAAUGCUGCCCAGCUAACUCGUCUCAAGCGUCAGUUAAAAGAACAACAGCUGCGGCACCGUCAGUGGUCAGACCAACACGCACAGUUACUGAAGUCAGUUAACGAGCUGACUAGCAGAAUAGACAAAUAGACAUUAUCAAAUUGUGUAACCCUGCUAUGAAGAAUAUAUUAUUCCUGAAGCGAACAAUGAGUUCUAAAUAUUGGACAUUAUUUGUGCAUAGUAAAAAUAAUGUUUUCAAUGUGUAUUAUUUAAUGGAAUUUCCAGAUAUUAUGACAUUGAGGAGCGAAAGGCAUCAGAACUUAAUAACUAUACCUGUAUUUGAAAUUAGCAUUAGAUACCAGUUAUUAAUUGCAGAUGUAGGUUUAUUUUCAGCAGUUAUACUGUUCAGAUAGAAUAACUGGCUUAUGGUUCUGUGAUUCUGUACCUUCGAGUAUAACCAUGGUGCCUGUACCGGUGUAACUGGUGCAAUUUGCAUUUUGUUUAAAGGCUAGCUGCAUAGUGUGUGUGUGUGUGUUUGUUUGUGUCGUGUGUGUGUGUGUGUGUGUGUGUGUGCGAGUUCAAACGAACGGUACACAAACAGUACAGAUUAUUUAUGCUAAAGUUUUUGAUAAAUUGGACAUUCAACAUUAUUUUGUUAGUUUUAAUGUGUUCAGUUGUAUUUAUUUAAUGAAUAAAUAUUAAUAUUGCAUUAA